AUGGCUCUUCGCAAAAAGAACAACAAGAAAACCGUAACAAUUGACUUAAAUUCUGUGGAAGUUAAGGAAGAACCUUUUUUAAUUUUGUCUACAGUUCCAGAAAAUGAGAAACAUUUUAUGUGUUCCAUUUGCGAUAAAGCUUUCCUUAAGAAAGAUGCCUUAAAAAGACAUUCUGUCGUUCAUUCUUCAGAAAAGCUCUUUACAUGUGAUGUUUGUAAUAAGAGAUUUUUAACUAGAGAAUAUCUGAAAAGACAUGCAGUUAUUCACUCCGUAGAAAAGCGUUACGUUUGUGACUUUUGUGAAAAGCAGUGUACGAAUAAAAGUAAUCUUAAUAAACAUCGUCGUAUUCAUACUAAUGAGAAGCCUCAUAAAUGCAUUGUUUGUGAUGUGGCGUUUAUAGACACUUCUUCAUUAAAUAGACAUUACAGAACUCAUACUAAGGAAAAACCAUUUGAAUGUGAUGUAUGUGGAAAAGCAUUUACUUCCAGGCAGGACUGUGAUAUUCAUCAUAGUACCCAUACUAAGGAAAAGUCUUUUGUGUGUGAACUAUGUGACAGGGCUUAUUAUGAUCGGUCUACUCUACGAAAGCAUUAUCGUGUUCAUACUAAAGAAAAACCUUAUAAGUGUGAUAUAUGCAAUCAAACAUUUUCAAUAAAAGCUAAUUUGAAGAAGCAUAUUUUAACGCAUUCUGGUAAGUCUCAUGUAUGUGAUAUUUGUAAUAAUGAAUAUCCAAGUGAAGCUGGCUUAAAUUCUCAUUAUGUUAUUCAUACAAAUGAUAAAUCUUAUACAUGUGAUAUGUGCAAGAAAGAAUUUGCACAAAAAGCUUAUUUGAGAAAACAUUAUCGCCAUGUUCAUCUAAAAGUAGAUUCUUAUGAAUGCGAAAUAUGUCAUAAUGUGUUCUCUCAAAUGGAUUAUUUAAAAAGGCAUUAUCGUCGCACUCAUAUGAUAGAAAAGUUCCAUGUCUGUGAUAUUUGCAGUGAAGGUUAUUAG